GUGCGAGGAUGGUGGGCCGAAGCCAGGUGUUGCUACUGCUGCUGGGCUGCUUCCUCACCACCGACCUUGCUCUCUCUCAACAAGACACGUCGACGCAGGACCCGGUCUCCGAGAUCAGACACCUCCUGCCGAAGGCCAACUUCGCUAACAACUCCGUAACAAACGUGACGGUUCAGCUGGGGGCGACGGCCUUCCUGCCCUGCAAGUACCGCCACCUGGCCGACCAUCAGGUGACGUGGUUCAGGCGUCGCGACUGGCACAUCCUCACUACCGGCAUCUUUACCUACACCAACGAUGAGCGCUUCGCCGUCCUGCACCCGGAGGACUCCGACGACUGGACGCUGCAGAUCAAGUACACCACCCGGAGGGACAAUGGCACCUACGAGUGCCAGCUGUCGACGGGGACCGGUGUCAUCUCGCAGUUCGUCAACCUACACGUGGUGGUGCCUCAGGCGUUCAUCCUUGGCAACAAAGACUACCACGUACAGCUGGGCUCCACCAUCAAGCUCGUCUGCGUUAUCAAACAGAGUCCGACGCCGCCGCAGUACGUGUUCUGGUACCACAACGACCACAUGAUCAACUACGACACUCAGAGAGGCGGGAUCAACGUGUCGACGGAGACGGGACCCAAGAAGACGCACUCGCACCUCGUCGUCAACGACGCCCGCUACCAGGACUCCGGCAACUACACCUGCAGCGCCUCCAACACCCAGCCCGCCUUCUCCAACGUCUUCGUCUCCCACGGUGACAAGAUGGCCGCAAUACAGCGACAGAUGGCGGCUAGAGGCUUGGCUCUCCACCCUGGCACCUGUCUGUGGCUCUGGUGCCUGGCGGCCACAGCGCUCUUGGGUCGCAGAUGAUGGGUCGGGCUGCUUCCUGCUCUUUGUCUCUUAUAACUGUUCCAUCACUACGUCCUGGGGGUGGCCCUCAAGAUGAUGGUGAGGAUGUCGUUGAAUCUUCCCCUAGCGCACUGCUGCUGCCUCCGGUCACACUACAGUGAGGGAGAACAGUGAGGAUUUAUGCAGUGUACGGUGUACUUUGAGGAUUUGUACAGUGAGAGGUGUGGAUUAACUAUCGAGGUGCGAACUGAGCGGCUUUUGGAACACACUCGAUGUGUUCGAGGCCUUUUGGAACACUCCCGAUGUGUUCGGGGGAGCUUUUGGAACACCCCCGACGUGUUCGAGGCCUUUGGUACACCCCCGAUGUGUUCGGGGGAGCUUUUGGAACACCCCCGACGCGUUCGAGGGCUAUUCGAGCACAGUGGACGUGUUCCGGAAGAGCAUUCGAGGGAGCGCUGUGUGCUCUUAUAGAGUGCCUGGGGAGUGUGCGGUGGUCUGUAGAGCGGUAGUGACUGAGGACUUCGCAGCUGCUUACUUGGUGUCUCUUGACCAGAUGUAAACAAUAACGAACUGAUGGUCAUAGUGAUCAUAAAUAACAAUGACACUGAUGGCGUUAGUGACGACGUUACUGGAGACAGCUGAUAGACGUUAGUGAUGGAAAAACAAUGAUAGAACUUUAUUUAUAUAUCAGAGGUUAUGGAACUGUUGAUAUUAACGAUGAGGACAAAAUGUUGACAUUUCUGGCGUUAGUGCUGAGACACAAUGCUAGAACUGAUGAUAUCAAAGAUGAGAAAUAAUGAGAUACUUCAAGUCUAUACCUAUUUCUUUGAGCCAGAAGAAGCAGCAAACACGAAUCUUUAAGGCAACAUAACGGAGAUAAAAACCCCAUUCAGUAGCGACACAUUGACCACCCAUUAACCAGACACUUGUUUAAUAAUGCUGAACAUCCCAUUUCAAACAGAAUAUAUUGCUCAAACAUUUUCAGAAAUAAUAUAAAAAGGCUAAUGUUAAAAUAAUUCACCGCGGUGAUUUGUUCCCGAGUGUCCAGCAUUUAGCACAAGGAAGAACGGGUUUAAAGUUAUAAAACCGAGAGGAGUAAUGCAAUCAGGAAGUCCCAGAGUACUCGUUCCAAGCAUUCUUUAACAGAGGUUGGUGUGAGAUAUUCUUAGCUGUGUCGUUCAUAGCUGUGUCGUUCAUAGCUGUGUCGUUCACAGCGGUGUCGAUCACAGCGGUGUCCAACAGCACUACAAAAUCGACCAAAUUGCGUUACUAUCCAACCACUUAUAUUACUUAGUGGCUUAAAGUGACAUGGUAUUUUGAUCCAUAAUCGUCCUUAUGAAGUUAAUUAAGGUGAUUGUAAAUAUUUGAGAAUAUCAAAGAUG